ACUCAUGCCGAAAAUACCGUCAUAUUCUGUAUUGGCGAAGCCUUCGCCUGGCAAAUCUGUCGCCUCGACAAACGAUACGUUCUUCACCAUGUAUACAAAGACAGUACCGUUAGAGUAUCAGUGGAUAGAACUCCUUUCAUUAUACCCUGUGUUCCUUUAGUGAGACUACAUCGACCAGAGGAUAGAUCUAGGGCUCACAUCCAAAAACUAUAUAAGCAGAAUGUACUGCUUAGAAGACCUGGCGUAAUGAAAGAACCACUACGGAAUUUUAUGAAUGUAGAAUAUUUCGGUAAAGUCUCACUGGGAACGCCUAAGCAGGAUUUUCUUGUUUUAUUCGACACCGGCUCAUCCAAUUUUUGGAUUCCAUCAUCAGUGUUAUCAACAAAAGGGCAAAAGCAACAUAACUUGUAUCGUAACGAAAAUUCCUCAACCUACAAACGUAAUGGCACACUGCUUCAAAUAUGGUACGGUUCUGGAGUAAUGAGAGGACUGAUUUCUACUGACACAUUGACCAUUGGCCAACUAUCAGUUGAAAACGUGACUUUUGCAGAAGCCAUCAGUGUCCUUGGCACUGCGUAUGCUCAAGCGCGUUUUGAUGGAAUUUUAGGUUUGGGUUUCCCGACCAUCGCAGAGAAUGGAAUUCGCCCUCCAUUGUACAUGAUGAUGGACCAAGGACUACUGCAUGAAAAAGUUUUCUCUUUCUAUAUUAAUCGCGACGAAAAUGAUGGGAACGGAGGAGAAUUGGUUCUCGGUGGCUGGAAUGAUGACAUGGUCGAUCCCGCUGAUAUUGAUUACAUUCCUCUUAAUGAGAAGAGCUACUGGCAGUUUACCGUGGACAAGAUCACAGUGGACCAUGUUGGAAAAAGUAGCUCGCAAAUCGAUGUAGGGCCAAAAGAUUUUAAUGCCAUCGCUGAUACAGGUUCUUCAGAUAUAUUUGGACCAUCGCAAACCAUUGGGAGGAUUUUACAUUUAAUUGGCGCUAAAAUCGUUAAUGGAGAAGGAAUUGUGGACUGCGAUAAAAUCGAUACUUAUCCGAAUGUUACAUUCCACAUCAAGGGAAAACCGUACACCCUAAAUCCCAGGGAUUACAUCACAUCUUACGUGGUCAAAAACAAGAAAGAAUGCGCUGCAGGAUUCUCAGGACCUGAGAAUGAAGAGACAUCCCCAUGGAUCCUCGGUGAUUCAUUCUUGGGGAAAUUUUAUUCUAUAUUCAACGUCGACAAGACCGCUAUAGCAUUUGCUCCACUCAAGAAAAAAUCGAAACAUUAAAUAUACAAAAAGUUAUUACUACGCAUUAUGUAUUAUCAUCAUGCUGGGGGACCGCGGUAGCCGAGUGGUUAGCAUGAGAGACUCUCACGCCGCGGUCGUGGGUUCGAUUCCCACCGUCGCCUCUGGCCCUUUUUUCAGAAUAACCCCCCAAAUUUGAACACACAUAUAUGAAUUGUCACAUGGCUAAUAUGCAUAGUUCAUAACGCCAAAAAAAAAAAAAAAAGAAAAAAUCAUCAUGUUUGUAAUUAUUGCAGCUAGUCAUUAUUUAUUAUUGAAAAUUCUGUUUAAUAUUCAGUUUUAUGGAAACUAAAGCCAUUUAUAAUAAAUAAAUUGAUCAAUUACGGAAUAGUACAAUCUCAAAUUUUUACAAGCAUGUACAUAGUUAACCCUAUCACCUUUCUCAGACAACCGACAAUGUUAGAUUUGGUAAUUUAAAAUAAUUACCUGCAAACCGAGAGAAUCACCUUGGGUUUUCCAGUCGGUUGUCAGCCUCGCUCAGUCCAGCCACCGAGGUUGGGCUCUGGGGGCUACCAAUUGCUCGGUAAUUUCAAACUCCAACGCAAUCGUUUACUAAAUUCAAAUCCAUUUAUUCAUAAUAAAUUCU